GCUGCUCUCUCUCUUUGUACCGUCACCUUCUCAUCGUUCCCCCUUCUCGCCUGAAUGAGUUACUUGUUAAUGACGCUUACGAAGAAGAGAGAGAUCGAUUCUAUCAUCAGAGACACUAUUGACAAAGUUCUCAUCCUUCGCUUUGGUCAAUCCACCGACCAUGUUUGCCUCCACCUCGAUGACAUCCUUUCUAAAUCAGUGAGGAAGGUAUCCAAGUUUGCUACAAUAGCUUUGGUAGAUAUUGAUUCAGAGGAUAUUCAAAUAUAUAUCAAGUACUUCGACAUCACCUCGAUACCAUCCACAGUUUUCUUCUUCAAUGCUCAUCACACGAAGAUGGAUUCAGCGAGUGCAGAUCGAUCACACCAAGUGGAUUGGGCUCAUUUCAGAAAAAACAGGACUUCAUUGAUGUUGUUGAGGUAUGCUGCUACUAAUUUCUUGGAAGCCAGGUGGAGGUGGUUAUCCUUAUUUUCUUGUUGAGUAUGCUGUCAUUACGGGCAAAGUUUGAUGUGGCAUGUUUAUCUUUAAUAAGAGAUUUGUAAACAUAUCUGGGAUGGU